AUGGACGAAGUCUCGAUCGGGCUCGAGAUGGAGCACGAGAAUGCGUCGUUCCUGAACGCACCAGCGUCUACUACGACCACUGCUACUGACACUCGUAGAGUCACCGAGACGUCGCCACUGCCAGUCCCUGCCACUCCGUUGCAGCCAGUGGCUACUCCCUCUGCAGUACCCCUUCAGUUACCGAUAGCAAGCGCUGACGACGACCAGCUGCGUGUCUCUUACCACUGCAAAGCUACCAAGUGUUUUCGGCUGCAAUGGGAGUCAGAGAUAAACCCGCGCUGCCGUCGCCAAACGACCAUUGUGAUCAAGAGUGACGUCUACAUCUUCGAUGGGUUCUAUCUAUUGUGUCACGGUGAUCCGCCAGAAGUCCCGAGGUUUGAGUACACGCGUGGAGGAGUCAUGUGCACCAUCCAAUUUGUGCCGGAAGAGCUGCCGUCGUCAGUGCGGGGAGGAGCGAGCAAUAGUAUGGACGCUGAGUUGAACCGAGAGGCCCAUCGAUCUUUCUGCGACUCGCUGUUUCUACUGCAGCAGUAUGUGUUCCAGAAACUCCUGGGGAUUCAACCAGCUCAUUUGUUUGGUUGUGUGUUUUCCGACCCUGAGCAUGCGACUGGUGACUUGUCGGAGAUCUGUGGUGACUACCAUUUGGUGCCGCGGUUUAUUGCUGUGAAUGAAGAACCUUUGCUUCGUGGUGAAGACUUGCAUUCACCAAACCGUGUAGGUCACGCUGUUGGACGGUUGCUAUCGGUGCAGAAGAUCUUGGAAUACCUCGACAACAGUGCACGAUUCACCGUGCGUGACUUCCUUGCCCAAUUCGACCACCGAGAGCUAGUUGACUGCAUUGUCUCCACUCGCAUAAAAGGCCAGCCGAGCGCCUUCCGUGUUGACGAACUUGUUCUGGUCGAGCAAAAAGAGUCUGAAGAGAACCAGUCGCUUGCCGAGAAGGCUGGGGUCGUGUCAAAAGAUGGACGGUAUCUAGUGCGCGCGAUUGCUCACCGCAGCCAGGGUGCAGGCAACUACGAUGGCGCCAAGUCAACAAAGAAGAUCCACAAAUGGUGCGAACGAGGAGAGUUUCUGCAGCUUUCGCCUGAAGUUGAGCCGCUUUUCGAAGAGCUGCCUCUGGCAGAAUGCCACCUCACGGGUAUUCGCACUGAUCUGUUCGAGGUCGGCAGUGCCAUGCCCAUGGUAUUGAAGUAUGUGCGUCAUUUCAAGCUACUUACAAGUUUCGAGCAGGCGUACGAUAUCCGAUUCAAAGACAAAGCCUUGCUGCGCCAAGCCUUCACACAUGGAUCCUACGUUGACCUCGGCAUGCAGAAUGUCAAUACAGUUGAAGCCACUCGAUCACGUGUCCGUCUUGGGCACGUGUUUGAAAACGUUGCCUCACUAAAAAGGUCGCGCAGUGCAAUGCUUGAUGAAAACGUGCUCACACCGGACAAGGCACCAGGAGACAAUGCUUCUUUGUUGAGGCAGGUGGCUGCGAAGCAUCUUUCAGGAGAUUUCAAAGAGGAGUUUCACUCUCGCUAUUUGUGUCCAUAUGAACGUCUGGAAUUUCUAGGAGACGCUGUGCUUGGAUUCCUCAUAGCGUCAUCUGCUUUUCUAAAGCUGCCAGACGCUGAUGAAGGAUUCCUUCAUCAAACUCGAGUUGACAUUGUGAACAAUAGCAACCUUGGCAAAAUGGCCGAGACUGCGAACCUUGAAUCGCUGCUUUUGAGCGCAUUCGACUUGACCAAACUGAACAAAGAGUUCAAGGCGAAAAUUGCGGCUGACUGCUUCGAAGCGCUUCUCGGCGCACUCUACAAAGACCAGGGCAUUGUGCCAUGCCGUGCAUUCUUGGGCAAGCUGUUGGAUUUACACGAUCCCGAGUUGCGCGAAUUGUGCUACCUUUCUACGGACGAAUUCAUUCACGAGGCGAAGGCAUAUGUUGAAAAGGACCGGGCAGCUAUCAAGAAGUGGAGCAAGUUCACACACACGAGGCUACUGCACCGUCGCUUUAGCAUCCGAUCCGGAGUGGAAAUUGCCAACACGCACUUGUGGUUGCAGGCCCUCACACAUGGGUCGUUCCAGAAACCUCAAAUCGACGAUGACGAAUUCAUCGGGCACGAGUCCAGCUACGAGCGCAUUGAGUUUCUUGGCGAUGCAGUACUGCAGCUGCUGUCAUCCGAGUUUCUUGUUGACGCUUUUCCGUACCACCAAGAGCAUCUACUAACGCAAGUGCGGUCUUCACUUGUGAAAAACACAAAGCUGGCGAUCGUUGCGCGUGAAGCUGGGUACGAGGAGUUCAUUCGUUUGGGAAACAUUGUCGAAAAGGAUGGGAACUUGUACGUGGAAGACGUGCUGGCUGAUGUGUUCGAGGCUUCUCUUGGCGCCGUGUUCAUGGAAAACCCGGGCGAUCUUGGAAAAGUGCGCUCGAUCCUAGAGUGCUUGCUCUUUCCACGGCUCACGGAUGCCAUCCGGCGUCGGCAGUGGAUGAAUGCGCGUAAAGUUUUCAUGCAUUACAUCACCCAGUGGGGCCGUUCAAGCAUGCGUCGGGUUUCGUGUCAGUUCAAGAACAUCAAGGUGCCCAAUACUGCCACCAAAGCCGGUGUCCUGCGUCCCAAACACAAAGACGACGACGCGGCUACUGAGAGCAGCCAGACCACAAAAUCGAAAGCGAACGAGCCUCGCGGACACGCUGUAGCUCUCUACGUGAACAACUUCCAGGUGGCACGUGCAGUCGGACGGACGAUUGCUGCUGCCCAAGAUGCAGCCUGCAAGAAGGCACUGACGCUCUACGGCGUCAAGCUCCACGACGACUAA